AUGGCUGAAAUAACAACUGGACAAAGACCUUUUGAUGGUGAGCCAUUCGAUAUUGGUCUCUCAUUAAGGAUUUGCAACGGGUUGCGACCUGAAUUCGCACCAGGAACUCCAGAAUGCUACAUCAAACUAGCCAAUCAAUGUAUGGAUGAUGACCCUAAUGAAAGACCUGAUGUUGAAAAAAUUAAUGCAAGUAAAAAUACUAAUAAAAGCACAUAA